UUCACACACGUUUUAACUGCUGUUGUUCUUGUUCUCAGCUUUUUGCAGCUGAUGAUUUUUAACUUAGAAUAUCCAAUAGGUAAUAUUCAUUAGAUUGGAAAGGUCACCAAUUUGUUUGUUACAUCAUCGACAAAUAUAACGGCAUAAUAAAUUCAUAACGAUAAUAAAUCCCAAGUUUCACACAAAGGUCUAAUAAAAAUUCGGAUUUUUGGAUUGAAAUUCCAAGGAAAGUACACACUUUACUGGCUAAAUUUCUGCCGAGAAAACCUUCAUUUUUAUAUAUCUGGUAUUUUUAUAUAUCGUAAGAUGGAAUCUGAUAGUGAUGAUGAUAAUAAUAGUAAUUCGUCGUUUACUUCUUCAAUAUCCAAUCCACCCUCUGAGACGGCGGAACCACCUCCUAAUAAAAUUCCGAAUUUGGAUAUAUAUCAUCCAAUUAAAGAAAAAUUGUUCAGUUAUCUUGACCAGUUUACCGUUGCCGUGAGAUCAGGGGAAUUUGCAGUGCAAAUAAAAUUGAAAACAUCAUUUCGUGAAGAUGUGCCUCCCCCAAUUGGUCUCAGGGUUACCAAGUCUGGGAAACUAAUCAAAUUUCCGUUAGAAGUGGAUGAACUGGAGAUCGAGGAGCUGCCAGCUUCCGAGUUUGAGAUACUUAACAACAAGGAUUGGUCUACAUUCGAGAAAUUGUUGAAAAAUGAGAUCGAAACCCAGUUUGGGUUAGCCAAGACGGGAAAUCUUUCCAUCUCUUUGAAAAAACUUAUCAUUCAGAAAGCCGGUAGCAAAUUUCCGACCGAUUUAAAUAACUUAUUAGUUACCUCACCGAAACGAAAUGACGAGGAAUUAUUACCCCUCAAAAGCAAAACAUCUUUUGCUCAUCUCGUCAUCCAACUGCCAUCUCACUACACCGGAGGUCACAUCCGUUUCAGGCAUGAAGGAAAGCUCAAAGAAUUUGACCUCUCUGCCAGCAUGACUGCUUCGGAAGGAUGGACUUCUCAUUCUCUCGCGUAUUAUCCUCACCUUGACCAAAUCCAUGGCAUCAUCUCGUCCGGGGUCAGGUCAUGUUUAAUCUACAACUUGGAAAUAGAAUUGGCAAACCCGAAAACUGAAGUACCAGUGGCCCCCACACUAAAAAAUAUUGUGCCAAGUUUCUCUGAAAUAGUUCAAGAAUCAAAAACAAUGGGGCUAAAAGUUCUACCACUGGUAAUUCUGAAGAAAUCGUACAACAACAACGCAAUAUGUAAAUUUCUCGGAGAUACUCUUCGCUAUAAUGGAGUCACCUUGUUUGAAGGUGUUCAAACGCAAGGUGGGGUUUCCCGCAGGAAUUCGGACUUUUACGUCAACUGGACAAAAUUGUUGCUCAGUGUGAACGUCCAUGAGGAGGAAGGAUUUUUGAAUUUUUUCCGAAAUGAGGAACCCGAAGUACCACGUACAUUUCGUUUUUUUCAAUUUCACCUGAAAGGAGAUACUUAUGAAAAUCAGAAUAAUAUGAAGAAUAUGCUGCUCUUCUUCCUAUCGGACUGUGAAGAAAACAUUUACCAGAAUGAAGACUGGAUCAAGUCUCAAAGUUUUUGGAGAUUUCAGAGUUACCUAUUCCUCACCAAGUAUAAACAAAAUGUGGAGAAAAACACGCCAAAAAGUAUCACUUUUUUACGCGAUGCUUACUCCCUCGUAUCCCUGGAGACUAUUGCGGAAGGAUAUAAAGAUUUAUUUCCCAAAGUUUCACACUUUCAAAAUCUUGUCAACAAAUUCGCCCUCCUUGAAGACACCGAGCCUUUGAAGAAACUAUUCCAAAUCUGUCAGAAAAGGGCCGCCGAUUUUACCGCAGUGUUCCCCUCUCUUUUGAAAUUCGGAGUGGGAUGGAACGCUUUACAAUCCGUGCUACAAGACUAUUUCGCUUUAGACGGAAUCAAAACUGGGGAAAAAUUUCUCGACAAAGCCAAACAAUUUAGAUUAUUCGUGGCCGCGGAAACUUUGGACAAAAGCAUAAUCCAAUUUAAAUUUGAAACUUUUGAAGCCUUCACUAAAAAAUUUAAGGAGUUAUACGCCGCUCAGAAAUUUACCACGUACAAUCACGAGACCCUAACCGUGCUAGAGUUCUUCCUUAUCGCCGAGGUUUUAAGGUACAACAUGUUAGAAUUUGCGAAAUCAAUUCCUCCCACUUUCCUCAAGAGGGUUUUAUGUUCGAAGAAACUGGUCAAAGAAAAGUUUGGCGUGAUGUGGGUCCGAUUAGUGACGGAUAUUUAUUGCUGCACAAAUCUAAUGGACGAUUGCCAACUAGAUGAAGAAGAACUAGAGUGCAGGGUGUUAGCCAGCUAUUUUCAACUGGUGGAAAAAUUUGGGGUGGAUAUCACCGGGAUUUUGGGAAAUGUGAAGAAAUACGGGGUCCUGGUGAAGGCUCUGGCACGUCAUACCUUUGAAUACGAAGGCAAACCGGGUCACGAUGAGUUGGACGAAAGUGAUGAAGAAGAUGAAGAUGAGGAUGAAUAUGAUGAAGAUUAUGAUGUUGAUAAAGGAUCACUGCCAAAAUUUUGGGUUCCAUUUGUAACAAAGUUGGAGGCAAGGAUUGAGGCGGUUAUGGCUGCCGAAAUAGGUAAUCAGGGAGGUCAGGGUAAUACCUUUGACCUGGCGGAGGGAACUGAAAUGCUGGAAGAGCUAAGAAAAUUACUCGCGACUGUAAACGAGAAAAAAUAGACUGUGAUGAAGAGGAGGAUUCAGCGUAAUUAUUUUUUUAAAUUUUAGACUACAGGUGAUACAAGUGUGUUCUAAGAUUUUCAUUAAUUAGUGAAACUCAGCCUCAAUUAUUGGCAUUUCUUAUUAGUAAGGUUCAGUGAUACGUAUGUAUGUACACCGGGAUUUGAUAUAAGUACCUAAGCUCUGAGAGUGCCGAGCACACUACUUUAUCCAUUUCAGUAAAUAAUAUAAUAAAUAAAUAGAUUUAAAGGUUGCAAAGGUUUGUUAUGACUAAAUUAAUCACAAUUGUAACAAAAAUUCCAUGCAAUUUUAUUUAAGAAAUUGUUAAAAAAUAUUUAUAUACUAGUUCAAAUAUGAUUAAAAUAAUGUCUGAAAAUAUGCUGUAAGAAUUUGUGUGAUAAAUUUAUAAAUAAUUGGAUUACACCGAGUUAAGGUUUCCUCAAAAUUAUAUUUUCAUAAAUAUAGUUGAAAAUUUUAAGGUGAAAAAAUUUUCUAUGUCCACAUUUUCAGGUUUUUUCAGCACAAAUAUUUAUUUUACGCGCAUACAUAUCCGCACUUUAAUCAUGUGUGUUAAAACUCCAGGGUUUGGGGUUUAGUUAUUAGUUAGGGGCGGUCCAUAAAUUAUGUCACGCGAGAGGGGGGAGGGGUCCAACGCUCAAUUGAUAU